GGGGUGCCCCCGGGGCGCGGCGCCGCGGAGACGACCCGGCGAACGGGACCAUGCGGCGCCUGACUCGCCGCUUGGCGCUGCCGAUCUUCGGGGUGCUCUGGAUCACCGUGCUGCUGUUCUUCUGGGUGACCAAGAAGAAGUUGGAGGUGCCGCCGGGACCCGAAGUGCAGACCCCCAAGACUUUGGAGGCUGACUGGGAGGACCUGUGGGACCAGUUUGAUGAGCGGCAGUAUCUGAAUGCCAAAAAGUGGCGCGUUGGUGACGAUCCCUAUAAGCUGUAUGCUUUCAACCAGCGGGAGAGCGAGCGGAUCUCCAGCAGUCGGGCAGUCCCGGACACUCGCCAUCUGAGAUGUACCAUGCUGGUGUACUGCGCGGACCUCCCCCCCACCAGCAUCAUCAUCACCUUCCACAACGAGGCCCGCUCCACCCUGCUCAGAACCAUUCGCAGCGUAUUAAAUCGCACACCUAUGAAUCUGAUCCAGGAAAUCAUAUUAGUGGAUGACUUCAGCAAUGACCCUGACGACUGCUUGCAGCUCAUCAAGUUGCCCAAGGUGAAGUGUAUACGCAAUAGUGAGCGGCAAGGUCUUGUCCGGUCCCGGAUCCGGGGCGCUAAUGUCGCCAAGGGCACCACUCUGACUUUCCUGGACAGUCACUGCGAGGUGAACAGGGACUGGCUCCAGCCCCUGCUGCACAGAGUCAAAGAGGACUACACGCGGGUGGUGUGCCCUGUGAUUGACAUCAUCAGCUUGGAUAACUUCAACUACAUCGAGUCAGCCGCAGAGCUCAGAGGGGGGUUUGACUGGAGCCUCCACUUCCAAUGGGAGCAGCUCUCCCCAGAGCAGAAGGCCCGGCGCCUGGACCCUGCUGAGCCCAUUAGGACUCCCAUCAUAGCUGGAGGGCUCUUCGUGAUGGACAAAUCCUGGUUCAAUUACCUGGGGAAAUACGAUACAGACAUGGACAUCUGGGGUGGAGAGAAUUUCGAAAUCUCCUUCAGGGUGUGGAUGUGCGGCGGCAGCCUGGAGAUUGUCCCCUGCAGCCGAGUGGGCCAUGUCUUCCGCAAGAAACACCCGUAUGUUUUCCCAGAUGGAAACGCCAACACAUACAUAAAGAACACCAAGCGGACAGCUGAGGUGUGGAUGGAUGAAUACAAGCAAUACUACUAUGCUGCCCGGCCCUUCGCCCUGGAGAGGCCCUUUGGGAACAUUGAGAGCAGAUUGGACCUGAGGAAGAAUCUGCAGUGCCAGAGCUUCAAGUGGUACCUGGAGAAUGUCUAUCCAGAACUCAGAAUCCCCAAUGAUUCCUCCAUCCAGAAGGGUAAUAUCCGACAGAGACAGAAGUGCCUAGAGUCUCAAAGGCAGAAAAACACAGAAAUCUACGACCUCAGGUUAAGCCCCUGUGUCAAGACCAAAGGCAAGGAUGCAAAAUCCCAGAUAUGGGCCUUCACAUACACCCAGCAGAUCCUCCAGGAGGAGCUGUGCCUGUCUGUUGUCACCGUGUUCCCUGGCGCCCCAGUGGUUCUUGUCGUCUGUAAGAAUGGAGAUGACAAACAGCAAUGGACCAAGACUGGUUCCCACAUCGAGCACAUAGCAUCCCACCUCUGCCUAGACACGGACAUGUUUGGUGAUGGCUCUGAGAAUGGCAGGGAAAUCGUGGUCAACGUGUGUGAGUCAUCACUUAUGAGCCAGCACUGGGACCUGGUGAGCUCUUGAGGACCUGAGCCAGAACCAGCGGGGCUGUGGGUGACAUUUCCCCAGAUGAAAAGCAGACUGGGAAUCAGGCUACAAGCAGCCCACAGCUACUGUAGAUGCUCUGAACCGGGAGGUGGAGGCAAAGCCCCCCCGGAUAGGAGCAGAUGUCUCAGGGAGGAUGGAGGAAGGGAUUGAAAGCCAAGUGGGGCUCAGAGACAGAUCCUACAUGUUCUCCGUGCUGUUCCAGUUCCAGUCCUGGCCCCAUCUGCCCUUCACUGGAAUCUGGGGAGAGAGAUCUCAUGGGGAGUGUUUAUGUUGUUCCCUUUCUUUCAGAAGAGGCCAGAGAGAAAAGCCUUUUUUGUCACUAGGCCAAGACUAAAUUGAGAAAUAAAGAAUGGAGGUUGUUUUCAAAACAAAUAAAGGAACCUUGGAAGUUUUC